CGAACAGCCACUGCCCACGGCAGCUAGACCACCACACCAGCUAGCUGCUUCACCAACCACUCCCACCACCAGCCCCAACCUUACAUAUCCUGUAGCUGCCUCAUCCCGGCCACCUCCCGAAGCAGCAUCACCCACAUCUCCACCGCGCGCCAUGGCCGGCGGCACCAGCAAGCUCCUCUUCGUUUGCGCCGGCGCCGUCGCCCUGCUGGCGGCGCUGGCCCCGCCGCCCGCCUCCGCGGCGGACGACGGCGGGUUCACGACGUUCAAGGUCUACUUCCACGACAUCGUGGGCGGGACAAGCCCGACGGCGAUCCGCAUCGCGCAGGCGGCGUCGUCCAACUCCUCCUCCACCUUCUUCGGCGCGGUGGUGGCCAUCGACGACCCGCUGACCACGGGGCCGACCCGCGCCGCGGGGACGGAGGUCGGGCGCGCCCAGGGCACGUACACGUUCGCGGACCAGAGCACGGUCGGGCUCCUGAUGGUGAUGAACUUCGUGUUCACCGCCGGCGAGCACAAGGGCAGCGGCCUGUCGAUCCUGGGCCGGAACGAGGUGCUGUCGGACGUCCGCGAGAUGAGCAUCGUCGGCGGCAGCGGCAAGUUCCGGAUGGCGCGCGGGUUCGUGCAGGCGCACACCAUCGACUCCGGCGCCACCUCCGGCGAGACCGUCGUGGAGUACACCGUCAACGUCAAGGCGUAGCCACCGUCCGUCGUCGUCGUCUUUGUACCUUCUUGUUCUUCAGUGUUGCUGUACCGUGAGCGUGAGAGAGUUCAUUCAGUUCAGAUGGAUUCUUGCCAGAGCAGUAGUUAGUUGAACAGGGAUUCGAGUUUGGAGAGAGAUGUGUACGAAGUUGUUGGGGAAUUUGCAGAGUCGAUCGGGUCGA